AUGUGACGUCAAAUCAUCUGGGUGGACUCGGUGGAGGAGCUGCGAAAUGGGAGCUGGGAAUCGAGGCGAGCGCGCGGGAUGCUUUCUCGGGGCAGUGCCCGCUUGCCUACGUAUACGAUAGUGGAGAAUAGCAAGGUAAGGCUGUCAGUACAAUACUCUUGUGUCGCGAAAAUACCGUCCAAAUUAGGCUUGUGGCUGGCUUUGUUUACAAAUCAACAUGGCGCAUGCGAAAAACAAUGUCGUCGGUGUAUAUCUGGACCGUGGUCAUCGGGACGUGGACUGUAAAGCCUAACGUAAACAAGACUCGGGAAAAGAGAGCAACAUAAAUUUGUGGCUUUUGUUUUUAUGUGAUAUUCACUAUCCAGUGUCAUUGCUUUUGUUUCAGGGUACAUUUAUAGCAGUGUGAGCCACUACACAGAGGGUAACUUGUAGUCAGCGGAGGCUAGCAAUGGUGUGGUGUAUCUAGAUGGUGAAUCAAUCAGUCGAUUUUUUUCAAACGUGGUUUCCUGCCUUGAUGAGGGUCUUCUUCCUCACCUGUCACAGUUGCAUCCUCCAACCAAGAUGUACUAUUAAACGACAAGGAAAAAAAAAAUGGUGGCUGGCUUACUUACAAUGCAACAAAACUGUCAGGAAAAGAAACAACUAGCAGAACUCAUGUAGGCGUAAACCAAGAAAAUUUUCAAUAUGACGUUUGAAAGCAUGGACAGUGGUGGAUGAAAGAACCUCCUCAGGAAGAGAGUCUGUGAGUUCCAAAAGUUCCAAAGAGUGAUGACACGAAUAGAGAAACGAGCUCUGACAUCCGUUGAGUUGUGUGGCGCGGAAAAUCUUAUUACUAUGUUUUGUCAUAAUCUGAUCUUUCUAACAGGCAACUAGUGAGGACACAAACCAUUCAUGAUUAUCCAAACCAUAGGUAAUCAGAUCAGCACGACCCCUAAUAGAAAACAGUUUAAGCCUGGACAGUCUCUCAGCUUAUGAUAAAUCAGCAAAACCAUAAUUUUCUUGGUUCACUGUCUCUGAACCGAUUCAAGUAACUGCAGACCUCCAAUAUAACCUGUGUUCCAUAACACACUACCAAAGUCAAUAAUAGGGCAAAUGUGAGCAAUGAAAUUUUGUGACAUAAAGGCUGGAGCCCUACAUAAAGUUCCCCCGAGAAACGUAUUGGCAACACCGUUUGCUUUACAAAGCACCUCCCUAGUGUGCAGAUGAAAUUUCAGUGAAUCAUCCACCAGAAUACCAAGAUCCCUGACUGAAGAUUUAUUUGGAAUUAGAAGGAUACCAAUGAAGUAGUCAUUAAUAGGGAAGGAAUUAAAUCUAGAAAAAUUGAUAUGGACACAUUUGUUAACUGAGAAAGAGAGACCCCAUGACUGGCUCCUAUGGAACAGUAAUGAUAUGUCACCCUGAAGUGUUAGGCUUGCCCCAUUGCAAUUUGAAGUAUUUACAGGAAGAGCCAGAUAACUUGGUAUUAUUGCAGUUUCAACCAAUACACCACACGUAAUUAUACACAUUCUCACGGUCUACAUCACACUUCUACGAGCAUUUCUAACCCCAUUUUACCCUCUCGGAAAUUAUUAAUAACUUCAGGACACAAGCCUAUAAAUGUGCGGUGUUCAGUGAGUUUUCUCCGAGUCCAGCAAGCUGCGGCGAGCCAUGGAGCUCUAUCACACUCGGAAAUGAGCAGUACACUGACUUGCAUUUGUUUAUAGCUGGGGUUUGUCGGUAACUGCUGGAUAGGAUUCUUUUAUUGUCUAUAGUUCUUUUGUCCAAUGACGUGCCACCACCUGUUAACACCACGAGCUGCGCCAAUGGGAAUUUGCUAUAUGUAUUCGUAGGCGGGGCACAGCUGGGCAGACAGGUGCAUACUGGCACUGCACAGAGACAUUUGUGUGCGGAGUUCAGCCAUGACCACCAGUGACACUAUAGUUGUGGCUCAUACCUCUGAUAAGGCUAGGUCAGCAGCGACCUCUGUGUGAGGAAGAUUUAUUUGGUCAUCGGGAUGAGGAUGACAGUCGUUUGUUGGGUGAUGCCCUUCAAAGGGAAUGGGAGAAAGAGUGCCAGGAAAGCAAGACAAAUAAGAGGCAGCCAAAAUUUUACAAGGCGGUCUUAAAGUGUUUCAGACAUUCCAUCUUCACAUCAAGUGUUGUUGCAGGCAUUCAGGAAUUUUUUAUAAUAAUUGGGCAACCAUUGGUUCUUCUGGAAUUAAUUCGCUAUUUUUCUGGAAAAGAAGGCUAUACGAAUAUCCAUGGUUGGAUCUAUUCCUCUGGCAUUGGAAUUCUAUCUCUUAUUUAUGUUUUCACACAUUAUUUUUAUAACUGGAUAACUAACAUACAGGGGAUGCAAAUGAAGAUAGCAUGCAGUACACUUGUCUACAGAAAGAUGCUGCGAGUGAGCACAGGGGCAGCAAACAAGAUACCUGUUGGACAGAUGGUGAACAUGUUCUCCAAUGAUAUAGGCUAUUUUGAAUCAUGUUCUUUUUACUUAUGUUAUGCUUGGAUUGCACCAAUUCAGGGAAUUAUUGCUAUGGGGAUUUUGAUAAGAGAGCUGGGGCCAUCCUGCUUACCUGGUUUUUCUUUGGUUAUACUUCUGUUCUCAGUACAGAGUCUUAUUGGCAAGGGUUUCUCAAAAUUAAGGCUUGCCAUUGCCAAGCGAACAGAUAAGCGGGUGCGACUCAUGCUUGAAGUCAUCAGUUCCAUACGGGCAAUCAAGAUGUUUACUUGGGAGAAGCUCUUCAUUGAUAUUUUGGAAGCUGCCAGGAAGUAUGAACUGAAAGAGAUAAAAAGAAAGAGUGUGCUUCAAUCCGUGAAUGCAUCCAUCUUCAAUACACUGUCAAGAUUAAUUAUUUUUCUUUGUCUGGUUACGUAUGCAAUGCUGGGCUUCCCAUUUCAAGCAGAAAAGGUAUAUCUGACAGUUGCCCUAAUCAACAGUGUUCAAAAUUCACUUACUGUUUACUUCCCUAUGGCUAUGAUUGGAGUUGCAGAAGUUUAUAUGUCCUGUCUUAGAUUACAGAGUAAGCUGGAGAUGGAGGAAAAAGAUGUCACCGGAUUUAUUCAACAUAUAGAGCCUCAUUCAAAACAAAAGGCCUGUGGUUUGACUGUGUAUGAAGUGACGGCCAGAUGGAACCGUGUAGCUAAGGAGAACAUCAUCAGUAAUGUGUCAUGUUCAGUGAAAGCUGGAGAUCUGCUGGCCAUUGUUGGUCUUGUUGGAUCUGGAAAGACCUCAUUUUUGAAUGUCAUCCUGGGAGAGCUUCCUGCUCAUAUUGGAAGGGUCUUUGUCCAAGGCAAGAUAAGCUAUGCUUCCCAGGAGCCAUGGGUGUUCUCUGGCACUGUGCGGAAGAAUAUUGUCUUUUGCCUGCCUUUCAAUGAAAAGAAAUACCUGGAGGUUAUUAAAGUAUGUGCCCUAGAACAGGACCUCAAGGAGCUACCAAAUGGAGACUUCAGUCUGGUGGGGGAGCAUGGCACAGCCCUCAGUGGUGGGCAGAAAGCACGGGUCAGCUUAGCCAGAGCCAUAUAUAAUGAUGCAGAUAUAUACCUGCUGGAUGAUCCACUGAGUGCUGUUGAUACCUGUGUGGGUCAUCAUAUUUUUGAUCAGUGCAUUAUGAAGUACUUGAGGGACAAAGUAAGGAUCUUGGUGACUCACCAGAUCCAGUAUCUCAAAGAAGCCUCCAAGAUCCUCAUCUUGAGAGAGGGACACACGCAUGCAUAUGGGGCAUAUACACAACUGGUGAAUGGUGGCAUUGACAUCAGAUCUUUGAUAAAGAAAAAGGAGAAUACUUCAACAUUAUCUGAAGGAGUUGCAAAGUUCAAGCAAGGCAAUGAUUGCAUUGAAAGUCAAAAGAUAAUUACCAACAGUGCAGAGCAGAAACAGAACUUAACAACUCCUAUGACCAAUGGUAUACAUCAUGAAGGUUCCAAACAGAUUGAUGACUCAAAUAAGGAAAUUAAGUAUGAUGAAGAGGCCAGAAUUAGUGGAUCAGUCAAGGCCACUUCCUUCAUUGGAUAUUUUAAGGCUGGUUUUGGCUGGCCCUUCCUUAUCUUCUUCCUGCCCAUGAAUUCCAUUGUGCUAAUCAUUAUUCUAGGAUCAGAUUAUUUCCUCUCAUACUGGACCAAUAAGGAACAACUCAUUGCUGAGUCUGUGAUGAACAUGUCAAAUGCUGUAGAAGAAACAAAUUCUUCUUUUAUUAAUGUCUCUUCUUCUGAUGACUUGCUAGAUAGAACACUGAAUAUUUACAUAUACUCAGGUUUGGUGGUCGGAAUGUUCAUUGGUGUGUUCCUUAAAUCUUUUUUUUUCUUCUGGGCCUGCAUUGCAUCUUCACAGGGCCUACACAAGAAUACAUUAUGGGCUGUUUUUAGAUGCCCCAUGAAAUAUUUUGAUUUCCGACCUGCAGGUCAGAUUCUGAACAGAUUUUCAAAGGAUCUAAAUGUAAUUGAUGAAAAACUCCCUAAAGACCUGUUGGAUUCUUUGAAUAUUGUGCUGUCUGUGGUGGGCUUGCUUGCAUUAGUUGCUUCAACCAAUGUUUGGCUACUGGUGCCUGCAGUACUUGUCUUGGUCUUACUUGUCGCCAUCCGAUGCAUAUACCUUCCUAUACUUUGUGACCUCAAGCGUAUGGAAUCAGUCGCCUACAGUCCUGUGCUCACCCAUCUGAGUGUGUCCCUGCAGGGCCUCAUCACAGUGCGAGCCUUUGAGUCACAGAAUUUCCUCAUGAAUCAAUUUGAUGAGUUACAAAACUUUCAUACUUCAGUGUCGUUUGUACUUUUAGCCUUGGAGAAAGGCUUUAUUUUUUAUUUGGAUGCUAUAUCAGCCAUCUACAUCUGCUUUGUUUCUCUGAGCUUCAUGGCCUCUCAAAAUAUUCUUGUAGGAAAUCUUGGCCUGGCCAUAUCCUCAGCCAUGAGCCUAUCAGGUGUGCUCUUCUGGGGUAUAUAUCAGACAACUCAGGUGCAAAAUGAGCUAGUUUCAGUUGAGCGUCUGCUGGACUACUGUGAUUUAGAACCUGAAGCACAGUGGGAAAUUGAAGGUAAAACUCCCAAUACCGAAUGGCCAGAACAUGGCAUAAUUUCCUAUGAAAAUGUCUCCCUGCAGUACAGUGAAUGUGAAGCACCAGUGUUGAAAAACCUCACUUUCUGUAUUAAAGGAAGUGAAAAGGUGGGCAUUGUAGGACGGACAGGAGCUGGAAAAUCUUCUUUAGUAUCCUCCUUGUUCCGUCUCAUUGAGUCAAGUGGUGAUAUUCGCAUAGACAGCCACAAUACAAAGGAGUUGGGUCUCCAUGAUAUACGAGGACGUCUCUCCAUUAUCCCUCAGAACCCCGUGCUCUUCUCCACCUCUGUGCGAAUAAACCUAGAUCCUUAUAAGCAAGCUUCAGAUGAGAAGUUGUGGACUAUUCUAGAAGAGGUUCAUAUGAAGAAUAUAGUACACCAGAUGAAUGGUGGCCUUGAUGCUUGUCUUGCAGAGGGUGGAACUAAUCUCAGUGUUGGGCAGAGGCAGUUGUUGUGUUUGGCACGAGCCAUACUUAAGCACAGCAAAAUUCUUGUUCUUGAUGAAGCAUCAGCCAAUAUAGAUCUGAGGACUGAUGAGCUGAUUCAGGAACUUAUCCGCACCAAAUUCCAUGACUGUACAGUGCUGACUAUUGCUCACCGACUGCAGACUAUUGUAGACAGUGACCGUGUAAUGGUGCUUCAGGCUGGCAAUCUCAAAGAGUUUGAUGAGCCACACAUUUUGCUUCAGAACAAGAAUUCCUUGUUCUUCAACAUGGUCCAGCAGACAGGACAGAACACCAGCCGCCAGUUGCAACAGAUUGCAGAAUAUGUAUACCUACAAAAGCAAGCUUCCUUGGGCAAGCUGUGAAAGCCAAGUCUCAACUGGAUAUGAAUAACAUAAUUUGGUUAACUUAAAGCAAAAUGGAAUAUAUAAAGGAGUUAAGAAACAUUAUCAAAAUAUGAAAUUCAUGUACAAUGUUUUAUUGAUUAUAUACUGUCAUUAUUAAUUGCUAAAGUAUAUUCUGCUAUGACUAAGGAUAUCCCUUCUGGUUUGUCACCAGCCAUUUAUCACACAAUGUUGUCUUUAUAAAUAUUUAUCUAUACAUAUCCUAGUUGUGCAUUGGUUUGUUCACACUAUACAUGUAUGAUAUAUGAGAGAGGGGGGAAGGGCAUGGAUGUUGAUCAGUUGAAUGAAAAAUAACAGUAAGUUGAUUUUUACUCCAUGAGAACCAUGCAAUUUUGUUUAUGAUAGUCAUCCUUGGAAAGCAAGAUCACAUAAAUUGAAUUAUGGAUGAAAGAAAAUGAGCGCGCUGCCAACACUUCAUCAACACACAUGCUAAAUUGAUUGAAAGAUAGAUAUAAAAUACAUAUACAGUCACCUCUCGAUUAAAGUUGUGUCACAAAUAUUACUCUUUUGUGGAACAUAAGAAUGCGAUCUACUGCUUUGAUUAGCUUAUAGAUGAAAUCCUUUUAUAAUUAAAUAUCAUUCAUGUUUUGCAUGAGUAAAUUAUGCAAAUUGCUUUUAGAAUAAUGAAUAUUUAUGCAAAUUUUCUCCACUACUUUUGUUUCCCUAUUUUAUCGAGUCACUUUCUUUGAGUGCUUUAUUUUUUUUAUUUAUUUUUUUUUUCAUUGUUAUUCCUCCCACAAAACAACAGCCAAUAGAGGAACAUGAAGUCAAAUUGGUGGAGCAGGGAGGAGGGUAAGGUGCAAACAGUGUGGUUGACAGCCAGUAUCACAUUUUAAUCUUACUAUUUAAUAAUAGAAAUAUGAUAAUAUAGCAAAAUUUUGAUAAACAGUAUGAGUAGGUCAUAAUAAACACUGAUUGAUAAUAAUAUGAAACAUAUUUUGUUUUUAGUGUUAUAAAAAUUAUAUGAAGAAUA